AUGAAAGAAAAUAUAAUUUUUUUAUUUUUUUUUCUGUACAUUGCAUGUUACUCAAUUGUCUUGGCUAAAAUCCCCAUAGAAAAUCCGCCGUUCAUAUUUAGCAAAAACAGCAAAGAUGAUAUAAAUAUGUUCCUUGGAAAUGAAACCAUAAGUGAUGAUUUACUGAAGCCAUCUUAUUCGAUGGAUAUAACUCUAGAGAAUUUUCCCAACCCAUUUAUUCAUCCCUCUUUGUGUAAUAGAAAUGGAUUAAAAUAUUCUUACUUAUGUGAUCCUAACAAAAUAUUGUCCCCAUAUACAGCAGACAAAAUUGAAGAGAUAUUAAGUUAUCAAAGAAGGAACUCUAGCCAUUAUUGCAUAGACAAAGGAAAAGUCCCUUAUGUAUUAGGGGUGGCCUUAGUUAAAAAAUUGCCUUAUGGAAUUAGUGCAGAUACAUUUGGAUCACAAAUAUUAGAGCAUUGGAGAUUGGGCAACAAAAAUUGUAAUGAUGGAAUUUUACUUCUUUUUGUAAAGGAUGAUAUAAAUUUUGUUUUGAAAUGGAAAAAAGGAUCCCAAUCGAUAAUUAAUUUCAGAACAGCUAGUUCUAUGAACAAAUCUUUUAAACAAUACAUAAGACGAUACUCUUUGGAAUAUUCAAUUUUGAAAGCCGUGAAACUGACAUCUCAGUAUUUAACCGAAGAAAUUAUACCGUCUACGCAAACGGCCCAAAUGGUUGUUGCCCUUACUAUUGCCGUCAUAGUGGGAAUUAGUUAUUUGGCUUGCAUUUUAAUAGUCUUUUCCGAUGCACAAAAGGGAAAUUAA